GCUUCGGCUUUGUGUGUGUAAUCCGCGGAGCGUGCGAGGAAGCAGAGGACUGUCCAAGCGUGACAGUGGUGGGCGCUCCCGGAGCUCGGCAUCGCUGCGGGGCAUUAGGACCCGGAGGCUGCUGAGCGGAGGAGGCCGAAUCCCUCUCCUGCUGUCAUCCUCCGCUCCCGCAGCCUUCUUCCCCAUCUCCUUCGAUGGUGACGGACCACACGGAGCACCUCCCGCCCGGGCGGCCAGCCGCAGCGAGGCCUCGCUAGCGCCGCGUCCCCGCGCGCCCAUGGCGUCCCCCCGCACCAUCACCAUCGUCGCCCUCUCGGUGGCCCUGGGGCUCUUCUUCGUUUUCAUGGGGACCAUCAAACUGACCCCGCGGCUCAGCAGAGAUGCCUACAACGAGAUGAAACGAGCCUACAAAAGCUACGUGCGGGCCCUUCCCAUGCUGAAGAAGAUCGGAGUCAGCUCCAUCCUUCUCCGCAAGAGCAUCGGUGCCCUGGAAGUGGCAUGUGGCAUUGUCAUGACUCUGGUGCCUGGUCGCCCCAAGGACGUGGCCAACUUUCUCCUCCUCCUCCUCGUGCUGGCUGUGCUCUUCUUCCACCAGCUAGUGGGGGAUCCUCUCAAGCGUUACGCCCAUGCCCUCGUCUUUGGGAUCCUGCUCACUUGCCGCCUGCUGAUCGCCCGCCAGCCUGAGGAGCAGCCGCCGGAGAAGAGGAUCCUCUCGGUGAACGGGGACGAGCAGCCGCCUGUCCACGAGGCAGCUCCUGAGACAGGCAAAAUGAAGGUAUCCUAGUUGAGUGCAUUUGAGGAAUACGGACCCAUGAGGCAGCUCUCUCCUAAAGCACCCAGAAAAUUUGUUUUUUAUUUACCUAUUUAUAUUUUUUGGCUGUCUAAAUAAAGUUGCACUUGGGGUCUGAGAGACGCAAGGUACGUCUACACUGUAGUUGUGCUUUUGCUGCUGCCUUGUAAGGCAGAAAAAUACAAGCUGGCUUUAAACUAGGUAGCUUGGAGGCUGUGAGCAGCCUGGCUGGAGGAGCACUGGCCUCAAUAGGAGCUGCAAAACCAGUCUGAGAGCAUGGGCAAAUAAAUAUCUGGGCAGUUAGCCCAUGCUAACUCAGUGCUGUUAGAGGGGAGCAGUUAGUCCCUGAGCUGGCAGUUUAAACCUAGCUUGAAUACGUCUCUGCUACAUUGCAACCUUGGCAGCAACUGCUGUGUAGAACAUAACCAGAGUGUCUAGGGCACGCAUCUCUGCGCUGGCUUGUGCAACCCACCUCGUAGAGCUAUCUGAUCUGCAAACGUACAUGUUUUCUUUUACAUAGUCAGGGGGAAAGGACCUUACUGAGCAUAAACAGUAGUAUUUGUGUUUGAGGGAAGGAUCUUUAGUCUCUGCUGCCUCUGUGACCAGUCCUGUGUGCAGACUGGUUCUCCAGGGAAAACAGGUGAUGCCACUAUUUGCCUCUUCCUGGAUUUCCACACUUUGUAGAGGUUCUAAAACUGGGGCAAUGCCCUGCCAACAGUAACUGUUUUUCCCUGCUUCACAUGAGCCACUGGUACCCCUUCAUCCUCUCAGCAGACAGCAAGGCUCCCUGCCGAGGGGACGGGGAGAACUGCCCAAAGAACUGUUUUUACCCAGUAAUAAACCCCAAAGUUCCAAAAUGUGUGCCUGCUGCUGGCAAAAGCAUCAUGCUCCCGAUUUCCUUGGGGGGGGGGGGGGGGGGGAAUCCCCUUUUACACUACUGCAACUUUAUAGAAAUGUUGGUUACUGCUAAUAGGUAAGGGUCUGAACCUGCCUAGGUACCUCAUUGUGCAUCCCACAUACAGCUCGAGCGAGCUGGGGGGAGUCCUGUCACAAGAGCCUGAAUCCCUGUGUGUUGUAUCCGAAAUCUUAUGGAGUGUCAUGAGAAGUGUGUUUGAAGUUGUUUAUUUUCUCGAUGUUUGUCUGUUUUCAGUUUUUCCUUAUUUUCUUAAUUAUUCAUGAAAAUAAACUUUUUGAAAUUUGGAGGAAAA